AUGGCUGCCGAAAUAAAGGCAUUCUCGUCGAUAUCGAUCUUUACCGAUGACGAAGACGAAGAGUCCACUGUUGCGGAUUUAGGGGACUAUAUCGAGACUUGCUACUACGGUGAUGAAACAGACCCCUCCGAGCGCCGCCCGAUAUUUAAACAGGGUGUCGGAUAUUAUAGACCGCAGCUCAGACAGGACCGGACAAAUCGAAUUAUUAUAUACCCUGGAGUCUUCAACCCCCCGCACCGCGCCCAUCAGGCCAUGGUUCACUACGCCUUUUCGUGCUCUCAAGAUAUUGAUGCCAUCGCUGUGAUAGUUAUCCCCGUAAGCGACCGCACGUCGAACAACUCGUCGAACAACUCGUCGAAGAAGUAUGUGGAAGACGCAUGCUUUACAAUGGCCCAGAGGGUCCGAUUAUGGUCAGGAGAUAAUGGACCCCACGAUUGGCUCUGGGUUUAUGACCAAGGUGGCAGCAAGUGGGAUACUUUCCGUAGAGAUCUUACGUGCGCAAUUCAGAAAGAUGGUUUUAUUUUGGAAUUUGUGUACUUGAGCGGGCCAGACAGGAUUGGGCGCAGCCCAUGGGACUGCGAUAACAUAAUUGUCAGUAACGUCGGGAGAGAAGCGGAUUUUGUGAUUGAGGGUGAAGUUUGCCUACAGCUUGACCGCUAUGGGAGUUGGAAACGGAUUCUCUAUCGAGGUCGCCCACAUCCUUGGGAGGCUAUCAAGAAUAUGCCACCUUGGCUUCUGAGUUCACUCGCACUCAUAAUGCAAGGAUCUAAUGCUGAAUCGACCGAGAAAUUACACCUAAGAUAUAUUAAGAUGGUAACCCGAAUGCGUGUCUGCUGGAACAGGCGGCACCCCAACUGGUGGAUUCGCUGUAUCCCGGCUAGCGAUAGCAGGCUACACAUGUCCUCGACGGACAUUCGGUAUAUUAUAAAGACUUGUCCACCCGAUGAGUUACUCGAAAAGCUUAAAGGGAAAGCUCUCCAUCCGGAAAUUCUUGUGCAGUGCGUCGAGGAGUUUAGACUGCGUAAAUCGGCUUCCCAGUCGGAAUCUCCGGAACAGAUGGAAUAACUACUUGUGGUUGUGAUAUGAUAAAAAAGGAGUCCGCGCUAAAGUAUCGGCUUG